CCGCUCGACGAUGACAUUGAGACUGCGCCGUAGGCUAACGGCGUGCAAUCGGCUUCCUUAUUGGCCGAAGGGUCUGCAGCUUGUGAUUUGCUGUGCCGCAAAGGGUUACUCAUUGAGUGACGCGCUGACCGGCUUCUCUCUGAUUGGCCGGUGCGUGCAGUGUGAGGAAGAUGGCGGCCUCGUUGGUGCCUGCGUGCGGGAGGACGGGGCGGCUUGUGCUGUCUACCCGGGCACUGCUGGGAUGUCGGCUGCUGAGCUCCGGGCCCGGGGGGAGCCUGACCGGGACUGUACUGCAGGACAAACUGCGGAACCAACAGGAGGCCUCGGAGGACCCCCAGGCCAAUGCUGAAUCUGAGGAGCAGCAGAAAAAGCAGAAAGAAAAUAAAGCCAGAGCCAAAAAAUUUCUCUUGAGGACAGCGGGAAUCUUUGGAGUUGUGGGAAGCGGCUUUAUUGUAUAUACCUUCGGUAGCAGUUCUGUGGAUGAGCAAGGGAACAAGAUACCAGAUGAGUUUGACAAUGAUCCUCCAGUCGUACAGCAUUUUAGAAGAGCAUAUCAAUAUUUUAAAGAUUAUCGGCAGAUGAUCAUUGAACCCACAAGUCCGAAACUUCUUCCAGAUCCAUUAAAAGAGCCAUAUUACCAGCCUCCCUACACACUAGUGCUCGAGCUGAAGAAUGUGCUGCUACACCCAGAGUGGUCGUUAGAAACAGGAUGGAGGUUUAAGAAGAGGGCCGGUAUUGACAACCUCUUCCAGCAACUUGCCCCUCUUUAUGAAAUUGUUAUAUUUACCGCUGAAACAGGCAUGACUGCAUUCCCUCUCAUUGACAGUAUGGACCCUCAUGGUUUUAUAUCGUAUCGACUGUUCCGCGAUGCAACACGUUACACAGAAGGCCAUCAUGUUAAAGACAUCUCCUGUCUGAACAGAGACCCGGCACGUGUUGUCAUUGUGGACUGUAACAGAGAAGCUUUUAAACUGCAGCCCUACAACGGCCUGGCUAUAAAGAAAUGGGAUGGCAACUCGGAGGACCGAGGGCUUUAUGAUCUUGCUUCUUUCCUGAAGACGGUUGCAGUGAGCGGUGUCGGUGAUGUUCGCACUGUCCUAGAAAAUUACUCUUUGGAGGAGGAUCCUUUAGAUGCUUUCAAACGCAGACAGACUCAGUUGGAGCAGGAGGAGCAGCAAAGACUUGAAGAGUUGUCACAGCUCAGUAAAAGACAGGCUCUUUCAUUGGGAUCAAUCACCAGCCGGUUUUGGCCUCGCUCCAAACAGCAAUGACAUCUUCGAUCCCUGCAUUCCCCUGCUUGGCAGCAUGAAGACUGAUAACUGUGACCAGCCCUGCACACCUUGUGUAUAUACAUCUAUAUAAAGUGAGAAGGGACAAAGUCAACUUCAUGCUGGAUAUGUGUUUGUGUUAAUAUAUUAAAACGUUUCUUUUUGUAGACUUA